UGUGGCCGGUCGGACUUCAUUCCACAGAUGUGCUUUAACAAAGUGUGAAGCUGAACUCUGAGCUGUGACAGUGAAGCAGUGUGAGAGUGUCAGUAGAUGAUCAGCAGAGGAAAGUGAAGCUGCUGUGAGCUGAUGUCCUGAAGGGCUUUUAAAGAGUCUCUGAGUUUGACAGGAACAUGAAGAUGUUUGUGGUGUUUGUGAUCCUCCUGCACGUUUCCCAGCAUGCCCUGGCUGUGGUGGUGGAGGUGAAUGAGGGGGAAAGAUCUGUCCUGCUUCCCUGUCAGUACUCAGAUUUUAUACCUGAUGACCUCACAGUGAUGUGGACUCGCUCUGAUCUUGAUCCCAAAUCUGUCCACCUACAACGAGAAGGAGGAGACGAUCUUACAGGGCAAAACCAGCGUUACAGCGGGCGCACAUCAAUGAGGCCUGAUGCUCUAGACACUUUAGACUUCAGCCUCACUCUGAGAAAACCAACAAAGACUGACAGUGGCAACUACACCUGCUCCAUCAGCGAUGAGAGAGAAGAACUGCGACUGAGAGAUAUACAGCUGCAGGUCAAAGGUCAGUCAGAACUCUGGGUGGGUUAGAGACUCCACAUGGAGCCUGUUAUCUAUGUGACAUCUCAGAGUAAGAGGUCAAACUGAAGUUUUGUAAAUUGUUGUGACUAACCUGAAAAACCAGCAGCAACAUGUAGCUCAGAGCUAACCUCAGUGCAAACAGGAUGUCUCUGCUACAACAGCUGCAGUCUUUACUGCAUGUGCAGGGUUACACUCGCAACAUUUACACACUGUACACAGUGGAGAGCAUGAGCUCUCUAAGCCUCACUGCAGCUCACAGAGCAGCAGGAAGUGUCCUGAUG